UGCAAAGAAACUCCUUUCAGGCGUCUUCUCCAAUUUCCUUGCUAUUUCAAUGGCAUUAUCAGCACCAACAUCAUACUUCAGCUGCGUCAGUGGUUCAAUUGACACCAAAGCAUCCCUUUCUUCUCCUUUCAAGCUUCUGAAGCUCCCUCCCAUCUGGCCAUGGCAAAAGGUGAAGAUGGGUCCAUUCAGUGUCUCUCCAAUGGGUUUUGGAACUUGGGCUUGGGGAAACCAGCUACUGUGGGGUUAUCAGGAGUCGAUGAACCCUGAUCUUGAACAAACCUUCAACAUGGCUGUUGAGAAUGGUGUUAAUUUCUUUGAUACUGCAGAUUCGUAUGGGACUGGAAGAUUGAAUGGGCAGAGUGAAAAGCUUCUUGGGAAGUUCAUCAGAGAAUCUAAAGGAAGGAAGCAAAGACAAGAUGACAUUGUGGUUGCUACAAAGUUUGCAGCAUACCCAUGGCGUGUAACACCAGGGCAGUUUGUGAAAGCGUGCAAGUCCUCUUUGGAGAGGAUGCAACUGGAGCAGAUUGGAAUUGGACAAUUACAUUGGUCAACUGCAAACUAUGCUCCCCUGCAAGAGUUCGCUCUUUGGGAUGGUUUGGUUGCAAUGUAUGAGCAGGGCCUAGUCCGAGCAGUUGGCGUGAGCAAUUAUGGACCAAAGCAGCUCCUAAAGAUACACGAUUACCUCAAAAUCCGUGGAGUGCCCCUUUGCUCGGCACAAGUGCAGUUUUCUUUGCUUAGCAUGGGAGAAGAUCAGAUGGAGAUCAAGAAUAUAUGUGAUUCUCUUGGGAUCCGCUUGAUUUCUUAUAGUCCUUUAGGACUUGGAAUGCUCACUGGAAAAUACACAGCUUCUAAGCUUCCCCGUGGGCCUCGCGCCCUCCUUUUCAGACGAAUACUUCCUGGGUUGGAGCCCCUAUUGAACUCACUGAGAGAAGUUGCACAGAGAAGAAGCAAAACUGUAUCGCAGGUUGCUAUAAACUGGUGCAUCUGCAAGGGUACUGUUCCAAUUCCUGGAGUUAAGAAUGUAAAACAAGCGGAAGAAAAUUUAGGUGCUCUGGGGUGGCGCCUGAGUUCGGAAGAGUUGCUUCAGAUAGAAUAUGCAGCACGCGAGUCUCCUGGGAGAAUGAUCCAAAACAUUUUCCAGACCAGAUGAACUGCCAAGGAAAAUCACAUUUGGUGCCUUGUGAGUAAACUGACAACGACAUUGCGAUAUGCAAAACAUGGGUGAUUUUGGUUCUGCAUAAAUUUGUUUCCAAUGUAAAGAACCUGUUAAGGGCUGAAUUUGGUAAUUGCCUUAGUGUUCCUUUUUUUCAGGCAAUAUGGUAUGUAUUUCUGGAUUACCAUUGCAUCGACUCCGUAUCGGCGGAGAAAAUGCAUUUGACUGUACGCUCAAUACUUUGUCAUAUAAACUAGCCAUUUCUCCUUUUUCA